UUCCAUUAGCAAAUGAAGUGUUAUGAAUGAAUCAAUUUUAUAUUAAAAUGUGUCGAGACUCUUUCAAUAUGCAUAUUCAUUAUGUUGGAAAUAUAGUAGAAACCAAUAUAGUCAUCCAGUGCUAACAAGUGACAAUCACAAGGUGAAAGAAGUUUCAACAUUAAUUUCUUAUCGACGUCGGACUACCCAGCUCUGGUAGUUUUUCCGCGGACCGGAAAAACCAGUUUUCAUACAAAGCGUACCAAAAAGGCAGAAAUUCCAAGAGAUUUCUAAAAUUCCAAGUGAUCUGCACAGAAAAAUUAUUUCGAUAUGGGAAUAUUAGAAAAAAUUCAAGAAAUAGAGCGAGAAAUCGCAAGAACACAAAAGAAUAAAGCAACAGAGUACCAUUUAGGAUUAUUGAAAGCUAAACUAGCGAAAUUUCGUUCUGAACUCUUAGAGCCAACGAAAAAAGGUGAGAAAGGUGAUGGCUUUGAUGUUUUAAAAUCUGGUGAUGCACGAGUCAGCUUAAUUGGAUUCCCAUCCGUCGGUAAAUCGACAUUACUGUCAACGUUAACAAAAACUGAAAGUGAAGCUGCUGGAUAUGAGUUCACAACAUUGACAUGUAUUCCUGGUGUUAUUGAAUACAAAGGAGCAAAUAUUCAGUUACUUGACUUACCGGGUAUUAUUGAAGGCGCUUCUCAAGGUAAAGGUCGCGGACGACAAGUUAUUGCUGUUGCACGUACUGCUGAUCUGGUUCUUAUGAUGCUUGACGCAACAAAGCCUAAUGUUCAUCGAGAUUUAUUAACAGCUGAAUUGGAAUCUGUUGGAAUCCGACUAAAUAAAAGAAGGCCAAACAUAUAUUUUAAACAAAAGAAAGGAGGUGGACUGAGCUUCAACAGUACAUGUGCAUUGACGAAAUGUAAUGAAAAAAUGGUUCAAACAAUUCUACAUUCAUUUAAAAUAUUCAAUGCUGAGGUGUUAUUCCGUGAAGAUGCAACGACUGAAGAAUUCAUUGAUGUCGUUGUCGCAAAUCGUGUCUACCUUCCAUGCAUUUAUGUUUAUAACAAAAUCGAUCAAAUCUCGAUUGAAGAAGUUAGCCGACUGGCACGUCAACCAUACUCAGUUGUUGUCAGUUGUAAUAUGAUGCUCAAUCUUGAUUAUUUACUUGAAACACUUUGGGAAUAUUUAUCAUUAAUUCGAGUAUACACCAAGAAACCUGGUCAACCACCAGAUUUCGACGAUUGCCUUAUCUUGAGAAGAGGUGUGACUGUUGAACAUGUUUGUCAUGCUAUUCAUCGGACACUUGCAGCGACUUUCAAAUAUGCUCUUGUUUGGGGACAAUCAGCAAAGUUUUCGCCACAAAGAGUUGGAAUCAAUCAUAUAAUGGCUGACGAAGAUGUGAUUCAAGUCGUUAAAAAAUAAAUUUUGUUCUUUUUUCAUUUUUAUUCAUUGCAAGAAGCUUCUUGAGAUUUAAUAAAUACAAAAAAUAUGAUAAAUAAAAUUAAAAAUUUAUCAUGAAGAUUCAUCACUUUCUGUUCCUUUCAACUCAUUUUCAAUAUCAUAAAAUUCAAUUUCUUCGGGAGUAAGAUAGGUUUUUGCCAAUUUCAAGAGAAUUUGGUUUUGUGUUGGGGGAGUCUCAAUUAUGUUGUUGGGGUCAUUUACGUCCUUUCCUGGGACUACAAGUCUUUGAAUCUCAUGAAGCAUUUCAGCGACUUUCUUAAAAGUCAUUUCAUCUUCAACUUUAUCGUUAUUUGCUUCAGGAAUGUCGUCAACAUCUAUCAAAAUUGAUGAAGUGUCAGCUUGACAUCGUUGAUUCUUCGGUUGAGGUUUUGGAGCGUAUUUUCUGAGAGGAUUGUCUUGAAAGUUAUUUAACUGUGAGGUGAUAAAUCCAGGUUUUGUUUGUGGAGCUGAACUAUUAACACAAAAAUCUUCUUUGUCGUGUUGGAUUUGCUUCAUAAAUUGUUCAUGUGAGUUGAUCAACAUUUUCUGAUAAGAUUCACUUAAAACUUGACGCUUAGGAAGAUUUUGCUGUUUUUUCGGUUCUUCUUCAAGGAUCGUCACGUCUGGAACUAAAGGCAUUGACAUCAUGUUCAUGAAGUUUUCUUUCGAAUUAUUUUUGUUCAUAUGCUGAGAACUUGUUGAUGGCUGGUUCGAAAUUCUAAUAUUUGUCUGAACCUUCGAUUGCGUCUGUGUAUCCAAUAAACUUAAAUCUGGCACUUGAGGCUUUACACUAUUUAAAAUUUCAUGGCUGAUAACGCUGGGCAUGUAAUUUGUUGGUCUUUUUAUUGGUUGAGACUUGGAAUUUUUAUUAUUUACAACAGCAUUUGCCAUCGCUCUUUGAAUAAAAUUGCUUGCUUGUGGCUUAACUGAUGGAAUUUUGUUCGUUGGUGAAAAUAUUGUGACUUCAGGCACUUCUGGCAAAGUUUGAGGGAAUUGAUUGACUUUCUGUUGUUCAGGUGGCUGCCAUGGCUGUUCAUUGUCCAUGAUUUUGCUCUUAUUAAACUUACUUAACUACGUUUUAAGAAUUUUAGAAAUAACUCGAUGUUAAACAGGAUUUUUAAAAUUGAAACCUUUGAAAGUGUCG